AUGUCUACUGAUGCGCAGACGUCGCAGCCAACGGCGGUGCCAGAAGAACGGAGUCUUCAGCCCUGCAGACAGACAGGGGACAUUUGGGAUCAUCAACAAGAACUUUCAGCUCGCAAUCCUGACCGCAAGGCAGUGGUGUUUGGCGCGAAAUGCCAGGUCAUUUUCAUUCUUAAAGAGCAAGUCACCACGCCUGUCCUAACUUUAAGCCUGAAGUGCCAGGUGGCUGUGUUAGUCAGACAUCCAACCACUGGACAACCUGCUUUAAGAGACCCCUUGAAUUUCACUCUGACCAUUCAUAACUCACUUUCCCCCGAACCCUUCCUCGGUGAAUUUUGGCGUUUAUCGGUCGUCCUGAUGUUUUACUACUUUGCCUUCGGCAGCAAUCUACUGAAACAACGCAUUCAGUUGAAGAAUCCCUCCGCUGAAUUUAUUGGAGUGGGUCGCCUCGUUGACUAUGCUCUAACAUUCUGUGGAGUUAGCCACACUUGGGGUGGUUCCCCGGCCACAAUCGUCCGUAAGGAAUCACACUGUGUGUAUGGCGCAAUCUGGAGGCUUGCCGAUUCAGAUUUGCCUUCGUUAGAUGCACAGGAAUCAGUACCCGUAUUGUACACCCCCUUGUUUGUUUCAGUUUGUUUGGAAGCCGAUGGUGAGCUGAAGCAUCUCACUUGUAGAUCUUAUGCUACCGUCUCUCACCAAGUCGGACGGCCUUCGCCUCACUACUUGGAUAUCAUCCUUCGGGGAGCGAUUCAGUGCAAUUUGCCUGGGACGUAUAUUGAGCAGUUGCGAAACAUCGAACACACUGCAGUUUUCGACAACUGUACUCUGUAUACGGAGGUGUUGAGUCUUUUGGAUCCGAGGGAUCGUGGAAGCUUUCAAGUCAAAGAGUUGAUGGAAUAUGUCACACCCACACUACUUGCUCGCAGAAUUCUCAUUAGUAUAACGUGUCCCUACAUGAGGCUUCACUCAAAUCGUUCACCUUUAUCACCCUCUCGGUGCUUAGCUGCCAUGCCAGCAAAAGUCACAACGGCUGGGACACUACCAGGUUGUCCAAGCUUAGGAAGGAGCAGUCGAAAUGCUGGGGUUGGGUUCGAACCACGGUCCUUCCGGCCUGUAAGCUGGCGCCUUAACCACCGAGCUGUCUUGAGCCCUUGUCACAGUCCAGCACAUUUCAUUCGUAUAGGCUAG